CCCGGCCCCCGCCGGAAAUGGGAGGUGUUCCCGGGCCGCAACCGCUUUUACUGCGGCGGCCGCCUCAUGCUGGCGCGGCACAGCGGCGUCUUCGUUCUCACGCUCGGCCUCAUCCUGGCUACCAGCGGCCUCUUCUUUGCUUUCGACUGCCCCUUUCUUGCAAGUCACCUGACCCUGGCCAUCCCUGUUAUCGCAGCAGUCCUCUUCUUCUUUGUCAUCAGCUGUCUGCUCCAGACAAGCUUCAGAGAUCCAGGUAUCCUGCCUCGAGCCACCCCAAGUGAAGCCGCAGAUCUGGAAAAGCGGAUCGAUAACAUGGGUACUUCCACAUACCGCCCACCAGCCCGCACCAUGGAGGUGGUCAUAAACAAGUACGUGGUGAAGCUGAAGUACUGCUACACCUGCCGAAUGUUCCGCCCUCCGCGAACCUCUCACUGCAGCGUCUGCGACAACUGCGUUGAGAGAUUUGAUCACCACUGCCCCUGGGUGGGCAACUGCGUGGGGAAGCGCAACUACCGCUACUUCUAUGCCUUCAUCCUCUCCCUCUCCUUCCUGACUGCCUUCAUCUUCGCUUGUGUUGUCACCCACCUCACUCUGCGCUCUCAGAGAGAUGGAUUCCUUACCACGCUGAAGACAACACCCGCAAGUGUGCUGGAGCUGGUGAUUUGUUUUUUCUCUGUCUGGUCUAUUUUGGGCCUCUCAGGUUUUCACACUUAUUUAGUCGCCUCCAACUUGACAACGAACGAAGAUAUCAAAGGGUCCUGGUCAAAUAAGAGGGGCUCAGAGUUUGCCAAUCCUUACAGCCAUAAAAGUAUCCUCACAAACUGCUGUGCGGUGCUGUGUGGGCCAUUCCAUCCCAGUUUGAUAGACAGAAGAGGAUUUAUUCAGCCAGAAGUCGGAACGCCAUCCAGUCCUAAGAAUGAAAUCCCUUCCUUUGGAGCCAAAACUGACACCAGCAUGGAGGACGCCUGCCAGGACUUUGCCAUUUCCUGCACUGCGUGACGGGAUAAGCCCCCUCCUCGGAUGUUAGCCCCAUUUCUGAGGGUUAGCUGGUAAGGCAGCACUUUCUUCU